CAAGAUACGCAGUAUGCGAUCUGACCCGCGACGCCAUGACAUGGACUCCGACUUCCUCCUGGCCCAUCACUCACUGCCCAGGCGCUCUCUUACACCCCCCCCGGAACGGACGUCGGAUAGGAUGCCCAGACAAACCAGGGGUGGCUCCUCCAAAGGCGAGGCACAGAGGGCCCGAGGGGAUCCCAACGUUCGAUGUCCAGCAUAUUCACAACCCAGCAUCUGGCGACGAGAUAUGCAAAGUGGUUCGAUUUCGAGAGAAAACACUUGAUUCUGUCACUCAAUUUAGACAAGUUUGUUUCCUUCCGCCGAACGGAAUACCUUGUCGAAUACCCAAAGAAGGAUCUGCGUGGCUGCUUAAAGUGUUCUGGGACGACGUCUUGGGGAAAGUCGACAGACGGGAGAUGAUCUCUCUGGCGCCGAGCUAUUUCACAAGUCACAACUGUGUGCUCUGUACGAAGUGUGCCUCUGGAGGGCUGUACUGCACUCGCUUCGAACACAAGUAUCCGUACACGUUUUGUCACCGAGGCAGAUCCUGUAAUGGCCAAGAUCGGUUGCACAAUUCGUCUCUCUCCCAAACCCAGGCUGGGCGUGCGAAAGGCGACCCAGAGACACCGGAAUUCUGUUGCAACAAGAUACACGCCCCCUUCAUCCACCGAACUGCCCAAGCCACUUGUUCCGGGCCCUCUGCUCUCUACACCCCCCUUCCAGUGUCGACACUCGACAGCAAGAAGAUCAACCCCCUUGGAUCCCCCUGCGACUCACAACUGGACGAGCACCGGAGCACAGGCAUCCUAAGCGUUUCCUGACUGAGAAUCGAGUUGGAAUAUCAAUCACUGAUGAGCACCUUGCAUGAUAUACACCCAGUCUCGCGGCCCACAACCCGACCAGUCAAGUCCCCCUUGGUCCCUCGCUGCAAGCACCGACUCGACUCUAUUUUCUCUACCCUCCUUUCCGUAGGCGCUGGCUUUUCGUCCUCCAUCCAUUCAUUCCCAUUCCUUCCCUCAAGCCCGGCUGCAAGUCUGGUAAUUCCAUCACUUUUAUUCUUGUCCACAUCACACUUGCUUCCCACAUCUGUUCCCAAAGUUGGACCUUGCGAAGCGAAGACAACCCGACCUCGAGACUGUCCUUUCUGACCCGCAACUCACACGCAAGCUUCCCACAGUCGAACGACCGUCCGAGGUUCCGACUCUAAUUAACGCACGAUUCUAAUCCGAGAGAGGACCCGCGCCGAACGACGC